AUGACCGCGGUGGUUAUGGGUGGCAUCCAGGGGACGACCACAACGUCGAGGUCGCAAGUGAAGCACGUCCCAAGCACACCAUCAGCCACAGCCUCUCUGUCCCACCUCGUCAAUGCGGAAGGUUUGAAGUCUCCGCUCGAGUUCCUCCUUUGGGACCACUAUAUCAAUUGCUUCGCAAGAAAUUAUCCAACAUGCUCCGAUUCAGAAAACCCAUUCCUGUCAUGCCUGGUACCGGUCGCCGUGCGCUAUGAGCCUGUGCGCUUCGCGCUUCUGGCCCUUUCUGGACUCAACGCCGCGUCCAGAAACUUUCCAUCACUGCAGCUGUCAACCAAGGUUUUCCGACUCCGAGCUCUGGAAGGUUGCCAGAAUAUAUGCUCUGGCAGUCGGAGCCGCGACAAGCCCAAAUCAGCCGAAGACUUUUUCAUAUUGUGCUCUCCGCAGGUGUUGCUGACGCUGGACGAGGCGGACAAAUUGUGCCUCGUCACCACGGCCCUCAUGUUGGCACUAUUUGGCAAGCUCUCCGGCCAAGACUACGACAGUUUCCGACCGUACCUUGAGUUUGCUCAAUACUACUUCACAUGCAAGACGACUGCUGAUUCAACAUUAGCUGGUGUAUUCACAACAACACUUCCUUUCUUCCUCCACAGCUUGGUCACCUACAAUCAUCUAUUAGCGAUGAUCGCCAUAACCCAGCCUCCUUCUAUGGUCGACAGGAGACUCCAAGUGCCAUCUUUCCUUCCUUUGUCGCGUUGCCCUCCCCAGGAUUUUGUGUCUCUCCUUUGGCGUGCCGGCAACGAUGUUGAGAACGUUGGCUUGGCCGACUUUGACUCAUGGAACGGAGAUUUCAACUUUCUGCCAAGUUUCAGCACUAGAUCAGUUAGGCCCCUAGAUGCACAAGGUUAUGUGCGAGGACGUAUCUUCCAAUCUGCGGCCGGCACAAUUCACGCGAAUGCACAGGAUGAGCAGGCCACCGUCCAGGAAAUCUACCGCACCUCAAGCCGUAUCUAUUUCUUUCGUCAGCUGAGAGAUCGAGUCGACCUGAUCCAUUCGAAUACCACGAGAGCCUACCCACCGUUCGUGGCACAAGCGCAGAUUCGGAAAUUCACUAAGUUCGCCAUGGGUAUUUUACGCGCUUUGCCUUGCGACUCCGUGUUCAACAGCGCACUACUCUUCCCGCUUGGAAUCAUUGGUCCUGAGCUUACUUGCGAGAAUGAUCAAGCUUUCGUCUUGCAAAAGCUGAAGCUACUUCAAGAAACAUUAUACUUCGAUGUCUUCCGGUUGUUCGCUGAAGACCUUGCAAAAUGCUGGGCUCAAUCUCAAUCCCGCGACCACGCUGCUCGUGCGGAUGGUCCUCACAAAACAGCAAUCAGAUUAAUUGGCUAG